GUGUCGGUGCGGGAGGGCGGACGUUGAGAGUGGCGUUGACAUCCGGACACGGCCAGUGGACGUAGGGCGGCUCGGGCGGCUGUAGCGCCUGUCAGUGUUUGACAGCUGUGUUAGCGAGUGCACCGAGAUUCUCCCUGCUUAGAAGGAAAAUAUCGUAACAAUUAUUGUUUGAUGCGUGAGAAACAGUAUUUAUUGUGAGGCAACGGUUACAUUAUGUAAACAAACGUUGUUGUUAGAAACUCAGUUACAACUUUGGUGUUAUUAAAAAAGGAUUUAUUUGUUAAUUUUAAUGAUAAGAAAGGUUUAGCCAAAAAUAGUGUUUCUUGUGUGACUGGAUAAUUGCCAAAUAAAUAGCACAUACUGAUCCGACGGAAAUAUUUAGAGAGAAAAAACAUGAAGGGUUUGCCAUAAAAGGAACUAGCUCAGCAAAAAACAACAUAACUAAGAAGCCAGAUCAAUUCGCAGUGUCAACUGUAUACUUGAUAAUGACCUUAUCGUGGGCAUUUUUAAAUGAGCCCUGUGGCCGGUACACAUUCUCUAGGUCCUAAGACCCCUAAUGUCAGUGGAAAGCCGGAGGUACUCCAAAAUGAAGCAGAAGUACGAGUUCCGGGACCAGCGCCCCACAUGCAUCAAAUGCGUCCUGGUGGGCGACGCCGGCGUCGGAAAGACGUCUCUUGCGGCUCGAAUAUCCUCCCGGAAAUUCAAGCCAGAUUACGUCCCCACCGUCUUCGACAACUACGCCGCGACUGUGAUGCUGGACGACAAGCCAGUCCACUUCAGCCUCUUUGAUACGGCCGGCAAGGAAGAUUACGAUCGUUUGCGCGUGAUAUCCUAUAUGAACUGUGACGUGUUUCUCGUCUGCUUCUCCGUGUACGAGCGGGAGACGCUUGAGAGCGUGGAGGGCCACUGGAUACCGGAAAUCCGCCAGUACCUGCCUAAGGUUCCCUACAUCCUGGUCGCAACACAGAUUGACAGGCGCAGCCCAUCCCCUAAUAUGGUUAAUGAUAAACCAAGUGUCACGUUCAAAGAAGCUUCCGAACUGGCUACAAGGUGCGGAGCCGCUUCGUAUAUCGAGUGUUCGGCGAUGACAUCAGAAGGAGUAUGUGACGUCAUACGUGACACAAUAGAGACUGUGCAGAAAUCUCUGGACUGUAGAUCAAACAGGUCCGCCUGCUGUGGCUGCACUCUGGUGUAGCAGAUGAACACAACUAUUUUACUGUGAUUUUAUUGUGGUCCCCGGUGCUGUUUGUAAGAAGUAUCGUUCAGUAAAGUGACAAAAUACAAAAUGUACAGAUACGUCUUACAAACUCGAUGAAGUGAAACAUUCCAUGGAAUAACCUAAGUGCAUUACAUGAGUAUGAUGUAAAAACAAAGAAUAAUGCUCAGCUGUGACUGUCAAGAUUGAUACAUCACAUUGACCUGUCAAUCAUAGACUCUGACUCUGGGUUACACUAGAGCUACUGUGCCAAAUCAGACUAUGAUCAAAAUCAUCGAGCUUGGCAGGAAGCUAAUGUGGAAUCUUGCGUCUAUUCCAUUUUUUGUGAUACAUUUUGCUUUCAAACAUUUUCAAAUGUUAUUACUAUAGAAUAAAAUAAACAUAAUGUUUGUAUCAUUAA